AUGGCCAACCACAAGGCUGAAAAUCCAGCAGCGCAUAUUGUGAAAACAGAUUCCGGUAGCUACCAGUUGGUUGCGUUGCGCAAGGUACUAAAAAGCGAAUCGGUUACGAUUUCGUAUGGGGACAUGUCGAACUCCCAGCUUUUAUGCCGGUACGGCUUUGUGUUGCCUACACUUAUGCCGUCGGAUUCGAUUCACAUUACCAGUUCCGAGCUCACAGACGCUUUUGAGGCUUGCUCGUGGAUCCGGGACGAAGGUGAUGAGCUGAUCAAGGAAUAUGACUUCCUUCCGUUGGUAAAGGCAAGGAAAAAGCGGCCAAGCGUCGAAAAUUGGCCGACGUGA